UGCUGAACGCUGAUUUCGUAGCCAUUUGCUUCCGCUAAGCUCUACUCUCCAACUGCUUGAAUAGCAACCGAUCGCUGCCAUCAGGUCCCUGAUUUUGGGAUUUGCUUUGCAGCUUCAGCGGAAGGUUAUCUAGGGAUUCAAAAUGGAUGAUGAGAUACAGAAGACACAGGAGGAGAGGAAGAAGAUGGAGCAGCAGCUUGCUUCUCUUUCUGCUGUGACUUUUGAUACUGAUCUAUACAGCACUGACCGGUUUGAGGGUUAUGAAAAGUCUAUACCUGUGAAUGAUGAGGAAGAUGCUUUUGAGAAUGCCGAGAAUGAGAUUGCUAGGAAGAUGGCAUCGUUCACUGCCCCAAAACAAUUCUUCAAGGAGGCUCCAAGGGGUGGAGACGAUGAUGAAAACCUGGGGUUUAAUAAACCGAGUAAGAUUAUUGAUAGGGAGGAUGAUUAUCGGAGGAGGAGGUUGAACCGCGUUAUUUCUCCUGAGAGGAAUGACCCUUUUUUGGAUAAGACCCCUGGUCCGGAUGUGAGGACGUAUGCGGAUGUGAUGAGGGAGGAGGCUCUUAAGAGACAAAAGGAAGAUUUGAUGAAAGAAAUUGCAAAGAAGAAAAAGGAAGAAGAGGCAAGGGCUGCAGAGAAAGAAACGGAAGCUGAAAAGCCUGCCCAGAAGAGGAGGAAUAGGUGGGACCAGUCUCAGGAUGAGAAUAGUGCGAAAGAGAAGAAGGCCAAAACAGGUUCUGACUGGGAUCUUCCAGACUCAACUCCUGGGAUUGGAAGGUGGGAUGCAACUCCCACACCUGGAAGGGUUGGUGAUGCUACUCCUUCAGUGAGGAAAAAUAGGUGGGAUGAAACCCCCACUCCUGGGCGGUUGGCUGAUUCAGAUGCUACCCCAUCUGCUGGUGGUGUUACUCCUGGUGCAACCCCUGCUGGAAUGACAUGGGAUGCUACACCAAAAAAUUUGGGUCUUGCUACUCCUACACCCAAAAGACAGAGAUCAAGGUGGGAUGAGACUCCAGCAACUAUGGGAAGUGCAACACCAAUGUCCGGUGCUACCCCAGCUGCAGCUUAUACACCAGGUGUAACUCCUGUUGGUGGAAGUGAACUUGCUACUCCUACCCCUGGUGCCAUUAAUCUUCGUGGCCCACUUACACCAGAGCAAUAUAACCUAAUGAGGUGGGAGAAGGACAUUGAAGAAAGAAAUCGCCCUUUGACUGAUGAAGAGCUUGACGCAAUGUUUCCUCAAGAAGGUUAUAAGAUAUUGGAACCUCCAGCUUCCUAUGUUCCUAUCAGAACACCUGCUAGGAAGCUUCUUGCCACCCCAACUCCAAUUGGGACUCCUCUUUAUAACAUUCCUGAGGAAAAUAGGGGUCAACAGUUUGAUGUACCGAAAGAAAUGCCAGGUGGCUUGCCACUUAUGAAACCUGAGGAUUACCAAUACUUUGGUGCCUUACUGAAUGAGGAAAAUGAAGAGGAGUUGUCUCCUGAUGAGCAGAAGGAACGUAAGAUUAUGAAACUUCUGCUCAAGGUUAAGAAUGGGACACCCCCUCAGAGGAAAACAGCUUUGAGACAGCUGACUGAUAAGGCCAGAGAGUUUGGUGCUGGUCCACUCUUCAAUCGCAUUCUGCCAUUGCUCAUGCAACCAACCUUGGAAGACCAAGAGAGACACUUACUUGUGAAGGUUAUUGAUAGGGUACUUUACAAGUUGGAUGAGUUGGUUCGUCCAUAUGUACACAAGAUUCUUGUGGUGAUUGAGCCUCUACUGAUUGAUGAAGAUUACUAUGCUCGUGUUGAAGGAAGGGAGAUUAUCUCUAACCUUAGCAAGGCAGCUGGUUUGGCAACUAUGAUUGCUGCCAUGCGUCCAGAUAUUGAUAACAUUGAUGAAUAUGUCAGGAAUACCACUGCUAGAGCAUUCAGUGUUGUUGCCUCUGCACUUGGUAUUCCCGCCUUGCUACCAUUUCUGAAAGCAGUCUGUCAGAGUAAGAAAUCUUGGCAGGCUCGUCACACAGGUAUUAAGAUUGUUCAACAGAUUGCUAUUCUAAUUGGCUGUGCUGUUCUUCCACACUUGAGAUCUUUGGUGGAAAUUAUAGAACAUGGAUUAAAUGAUGAGAACCAGAAGGUCCGAACCAUUACAGCUCUUUCUCUGGCUGCACUUGCUGAGGCUGCUGCACCAUAUGGUAUUGAGAGUUUUGAUUCAGUUUUGAAGCCCUUGUGGAAGGGUAUUAGAUCGCAUCGUGGAAAGGUUUUGGCUGCAUUCUUGAAGGCUAUUGGUUUUAUCAUUCCUCUUAUGGAUGCCAUCUAUGCCAGCUACUAUACCAAGGAGGUUAUGGUUAUUCUGAUUCGUGAAUUUCAAUCUCCUGAUGAAGAGAUGAAGAAAAUUGUGCUGAAAGUGGUGAAACAAUGUGUAAGUACAGAAGGUGUGGAGGCUGAAUAUAUCAGAAAUGACAUUCUUCCAGAGUUCUUCCGUAAUUUCUGGGUUAGGAGAAUGGCUUUGGAUCGCCGAAACUACAAGCAGCUUGUUGAAACAACUGUAGAAAUUGCAAACAAGGUGGGUGUUGCAGAUAUAGUAGGGAGAGUCGUGGAAGACCUAAAAGAUGAAAGUGAACCAUAUAGAAGAAUGGUCAUGGAGACAAUUGAGAAGGUGGUUGCAAAUCUUGGUGCAUCUGAUAUUGAUGCUCGUUUAGAAGAGCUUCUGAUUGAUGGCAUUCUUUAUGCUUUCCAAGAACAGACCAGUGAUGAUGCCAAUGUAAUGCUCAAUGGAUUUGGUGCUGUUGUGAAUGCCCUUGGACAGAGGGUGAAGCCCUACCUCCCCCAGAUCUGUGGUACAAUAAAGUGGCGUCUGAACAAUAAGAGUGCUAAAGUGAGACAGCAAGCUGCAGAUUUGAUUUCCAGGAUUGCAGUGGUCAUGAAACAGUGUGGAGAAGAACAGUUAAUGGGCCAUCUUGGUGUUGUGUUGUACGAGUACUUGGGAGAAGAAUAUCCUGAGGUUCUGGGGUCAAUUCUGGGUGCUCUCAAGGCAAUUGUGAAUGUUAUUGGUAUGACUAAGAUGACUCCUCCCAUUAAGGAUUUGCUUCCUCGGUUGACCCCUAUUUUGAAGAAUCGUCAUGAGAAGGUCCAGGAGAACUGUAUUGAUCUGGUUGGACGUAUUGCUGACCGUGGGGCUGAGUUUGUACCUGCAAGAGAAUGGAUGAGAAUCUGUUUUGAACUUCUCGAGAUGCUUAAAGCCCAUAAGAAGGGUAUUCGACGAGCAACAGUCAACACAUUUGGCUAUAUUGCUAAAGCUAUUGGGCCCCAGGAUGUCCUUGCAACUUUGUUGAACAAUCUCAAGGUGCAGGAACGUCAGAACCGUGUGUGCACAACUGUGGCAAUUGCAAUUGUUGCGGAAACCUGCUCUCCUUUCACUGUCCUCCCUGCACUAAUGAAUGAAUAUCGGGUCCCAGAGCUUAAUGUUCAGAACGGUGUCCUGAAAUCCCUCUCCUUUCUUUUCGAGUACAUUGGCGAAAUGGGGAAGGACUACAUAUACGCCGUAACUCCCUUGCUCGAAGAUGCUCUAAUGGACCGAGAUCUGGUACACAGGCAAACUGCCGCCUCUGCUGUGAAGCACAUGGCCCUAGGGGUCGCUGGCCUCGGAUGCGAAGAUGCACUGGUCCACCUUAUGAACUACGUCUGGCCAAACAUUUUCGAAACUUCCCCCCAUGUCAUCAACGCUGUCAUGGAGGCCAUCGAAGGUAUGCGAGUCGCACUCGGGGCUGCUGUCAUCCUCAAUUACUGUCUCCAGGGACUGUUCCAUCCUGCCCGCAAAGUCCGAGAAGUUUACUGGAAGAUCUACAAUUCACUAUACAUUGGCGCUCAGGAUGCGCUUGUGGCCGCUUACCCCAUCCUGGAGGACGACGCGAACAAUACAUACAGCAGGCCUGAAUUAUCGAUGUUUGUAUGAGUUUCUUCUUCCACCGCUAUCUAUAUAUCAUGCUUCUUAUGAACAAUUUCUUAUCUCAACUGUAGCUGUAUCUUUGAUAAUUCAUACUCUAUGACCAGUGAAUGUUCACUUUUGAGUAGCAUAUGAUAUGAAAGCACUCUCUAUAUGCCGAUAUUACUGAAUAAUUUUCUGCCUUAAUUUUUUUUCUUCAUUUUUGUGGCGUUAGUUGGAUACGUAUUGCUAUUGUAUCUUAUUGUAUGAAUUAUUACACUAUAUUUCUAUGAUGCUUGUUGGCUUAA